GGCGGAGGAGCUGAGCCGGGGAACGCAGCCCUCCUGGACCGGCGCCCAGCAGUAGUAACCGCGACCGACCGCCGCCAGCCGGGCAGCUCCCGGGACUGCGGAGGGACGCUCUCCGGACAGCCCCGGCCGGCGUGCGCUGCGAGGAUUGACCGUCGGCCCCGCCGAGCCGAGUAUCGGGGCUUGCAGCCGCCAGGGCUGCGCGGGUUUCGUGGCCCGAGCCAUGCGGACCAAGCUCGGAGCCGAGGAGGCUGAGCGCUGCUGGCCGCUGCACUUGCUGCCCGCAGCCCUGCGCGCGCUGCCUGCCGCUUUCGCCGCUGCUCACCGCCCCAGAGUGGAAUAAAGGAAACGAGACGCGUCCGAACUCGCGCGCGAGACCCAGAGGCUCAAACCCGCAGCAGCGACCCGAGUCCAAGUCCUCAGCUGCUGUCGUCGGCUCGGUCCUGUCGCGAGUGGAGCCUUCAGGGGCUGUGGGGUGGCAGCCCCCGGCAUCCUCUUCUGACUGCAGCCCAACAGUUCCAUCAGCGAGUGCCACUCAGAAAAGGCUGCCCGAAACAAGGGUACGUGGCCAUCCGGCUGGAGAAGGGGAUGGCUUAGGACUCCUCCGGGCUCUGCACCCUGACGUCGAGGCAGAGAAGGGUAGCUGGUGCAGAAAGCGGCGCGGAAGGCACCGGCAACGCCGAGGCGCGGAGACUUGGAGAGCACCCCGCGCCGUCUGGAGACGCGCCGCCCGUGCCCGAAGUGGGGCCAUGUGGAGCGAACGCCGCUCGUCCGCCGCCUCCUCUCGGAACGCCGCUUCGCUGCUGCAGCUGCUGCUGGCUGCGCUGCUGGCGGCGGGGGCGCAGGCCAGCGGCGAGUACUGCCACGGCUGGCUGGACGCGCAGGGCGUCUGGCGCAUCGGCUUCCAGUGCCCCGAGCGCUUCGACGGCGGCGACGCCACCAUCUGCUGCGGCAGCUGUGCGCUGCGCUACUGCUGCUCCAGCGCUGAGGCGCGCCUGGACCAGGGCGGCUGCGACAACGACCGCCAGCAGGGCGCUGGCGAGCCUGGCCGCGCGGACAAAGACGGCCCCGACGGCUCUGCAGUGCCCAUCUAUGUGCCCUUCCUCAUCGUCGGCUCCGUGUUUGUGGCCUUCAUUAUCCUGGGGUCGCUGGUGGCUGCCUGUUGCUGCAGGUGCCUGAGGCCGAAACAGGAGCCCCAACAGAGCCGAGCCCCCAGUGGCAACCGCUUGAUGGAGACCAUCCCCAUGAUCCCAAGCGCCAGCACGUCACGGGGGUCUUCCUCCCGCCAGUCCAGCACUGCUGCCAGUUCCAGCUCCAGCGCCAACUCUGGGGCCCGGGCACCCCCGACAAGGUCACAGACCAACUGCUGCUUGCCUGAAGGUGCCAUGAACAAUGUUUAUGUCAACAUGCCCACCAAUUUCUCCGUGCUGAACUGCCAGCAGGCCACCCAGAUCGUGCCACACCAAGGGCAGUACCUGCAUCCCCCAUUCGUGGGGUACCCAGUGCAGCAUGACUCUGUGCCCGUGACACCCGUGCCCCCUUUCAUGGACGGCCUGCAGCCUGGUUACCGGCAGAUCCAGCCCUCCUUCCCCCACACCAACAGCGAACAGAAGAUGUACCCGGCGGUGACCGUAUAGUUCGUGGUGUCCACUGAAUUUCUUGGUGAGAUGGAGAGCAAACAGGAGUGGAGUUUGAGGGGGAG